GUCUCAACUGUUGCACAUACUUGUCUUGCACAUGUCAUUCAGUUGACCGGGCAGCCUGACCUGCAGACUCCUCCAACAUGAGUCCAUCUGAUCCACAGGUUUCACUCACUAAAACUAGUUCUACUGCUUCUUCUUCUUCUUCUUUUGGAUUGGAUUGUUUUUUGUCACACAAGUGAAGUAUUUUUGGGAAGUAAUGGAAUUAAUUUCUAUCCGGAGACGCUCUUUGAAGAAAGGUUUAUCGACUUCACGCAUGAACCGAAGCGGGACGCCUUCAGACGCCGCAGCUCAUCAUGAUGGAUGAAACAUCACCUACAACGGGGAAUACAAAUAACUGGAAGGCUCUUUAAGAAGGCGACUGGAGACAUUGCAAGAUUGGCAGAACCCAUUAAGAAGCAGUCUGUAAUAGCAUAUCCAGGCACAGCUACAUCCAAGAAUGAGGAUCAAAUACACAAUAUCCAUCGUCUUUUUUGUGGUACUUGUUAUCAUUGAGAAGGAAAACAACAUUAUCUCAAGGGUGUCAGAUAAGCUCGCCUUAAAGCAGACCCCCCAGACCCCGCUACAGCCCAGUGGUGUCUCCCACAUACUGCUGAAGCACAAUGGUUCCGUAACCUCACUCAGUAAGGUGGACUCGGCCUUCAUGCUAAUGAAGCGGCGCCUGGAGAACUACAGCCAGCACCAGCAGGUGGCGACGAGGGGCAGGAAACACAUCCUCCUGUUAGCCACCACCAGGACGGGCUCCUCGUUCGUGGGCGAGUUCUUCAACCAGCAGGGCGACAACAUGUUUUACCUGUUUGAGCCGCUGUGGCACGUGGAGAAGAUGCUGACACUGGAGACCGGCGGCACCAACGCCACGGCGGCAGCCAAGGCGUACCGCGAAGUGCUCCAGCAGCUCCUCCUGUGCGACUUCUCCCUGCUGGAGAGCUUCAUUGAACCCCUCCCGGUGGACCACAUCACCGCCGGCCUCUUCCGCAGGGAGUCCAGCAGCUCUCUGUGCGAGGAGUCAGUCUGCAGCCCCGUCAUCAAAGGGGUCUUUGAGCCUUAUCGCUGCAGGACCAGACGCUGUGGGCCCCUGAACCUGACCAUGGCGUCUCAGUCCUGCCUCCAAAAGGAUCACAGGGCCAUCAAGUCAGUGAGGGUGCGCCAGCUGGAAAACCUCCGUCCUCUGGCUGAGGACCCGCGCCUCGACGUGAAGUUCAUUCAGCUGGUUCGGGAUCCUCGGGCGGUACUAGCCUCGCGCAUGGUGGCCUUUGAAGCCAAAUACAAGAACUGGAAGCAGUGGGCUGCGGAUGGGGAUGUGCCCAUUGAUGACUAUGAAGUGAGAAAGCUGAAAGGGAACUGUGACAACAUCAGGAUGUCAGCGGAGAUCGGCCUCAGGCAGCCACCUUGGCUGCGCAGGCGCUACAUGCUGGUGCGGUACGAGGACAUCGCCCGGUUCCCCAUGAGGAAGGCGACGGAGAUGUACAAGUUCACUGGAAUCCCGUUCACUCCACAAGUGAAAUCCUGGAUCCUGAAGAACACCCAGGCCUCCAAGGAGACCAGCGGAGUUUACUCCACACAGAAAAACUCCUCCGAACAAGUAGAGAAGUGGCGGUUCCGCUUACCGUUCAAAAUAGCUCAGGUUGUACAGAGAGUUUGUGGACGAACGUUGAAGCUUUUCGGGUAUAAAAUUGUUACCAGCGAAGAAAUGCUGACUGAUAAGUCUAUCAGUCUGAUUGAGGACAAAGUGUUCAACUUUGUAUAGACUUUGACAGACGUGAACUCUGAACCCUGAAGCAGGAAAAAACAGCUAUAUGGAAAACUCUGGAAUGACUGAUAUUUAUUAGGGUAAUUUAUCCUGAUACAGAGAGCUUUAUAUUUUCUGAGUGUGUGCUAUUUAAAGUUUUUUACUAUUUAAAAUAGUUUGAUGAAGAAAAUGUAUUGUUGAGCGGAAAAUUAAUUAUAAAGCUUUUAACUAUUGAUGCAAGGGUGUAUAUUGAGACUUCACGUAUGGUGAAAAUAGGAAGCUAUCUUUGUUUUUGCACUCCGGACUAUCUUCUCUGUCCAAACUGUAUCAUUGGCUUGUCCUGCAAUCCUGUCCAAAUUUAACUUCUUAGAAAAUAAGAAAGUCCCUGAGGGAGAUAGCUUUGGGUUUGUGAACAAGAAUGAACUGUUUCAAACACUUCCAGGAACCUCCGUUAGUUAUUUUUGUUCAGCGACUUACAGUAGGCUGCUUUUACGCCAAAGAAACUUGAAACGAAAUGUCUAUGCAAAGCCAAAUCAAUGAAUUGCUUUGUAUAGCAAUGCUUAUGGCAGGAAGAAGAAAUGUAAAUGUUUUGUCAGGUAAUUUCUACGCAUGAGAUUUAGAAGUAAUGUCCCAUGCUGAUUUAUUUAUGUCUUCUUUGCUAAAAGUGAUAAUGACUCCAGCUCUGAAUGUGCUCCACAGGUUGUAAUCCCCCCCAGCAGGGGUACUUUUCUUGCACACAUAUACUGUAGUUUGCUGUACAUGCAUGUUUGUAAUUGGCCAAACGUUGUUUCGAACUUGUCCUCGGGAUUGUAAAGACCCCAUACUGUUAAAACAGAUGUAUACACGGCCACUGUAUGCAAACAUUCCAACUGCAGCUGGUUUGCAGGAUUGUGCGAGGUUUGUCGGCAGGUCUGUCUGUUGACACAAGUCUCUUGGCUGGUGAUAAAAAGAGGCCCUGAUACGCUGACUUGCCAGACUGUUUGCUGAUGUUCCAGUCUGUUCCUUUGGCAUUUUGUUUGUAACAAUAAACCUUCUUUUACAUUAA